GUUCCUCAGGGAUGGACCAAUGAUGGUGCCACUGCACCAGAGAACCAGAUCAAGUUGAGCUUUUCUCUCAAAGCCAACAAUAUCCCUGCCCUCCUGGCUAGAUUGGAGGAGCUCGGUGACCCCAAACACCCAGACUUCAGGAAGUGGAUGACACAGGACGAGGUCAACGAAUACAUUUCUCCCCACAACGAUACCGUGCAGACGCUUGAGAAAUGGUUGACGAGCAAUGGCAUCCCUUCGUCCGCCAUUGCAAACCCAACCGUCAACUUCGUGAAUGCCAAUGUAUCCAUUGCACAGGCAGAGAAGCUGUUGAGCGCGACAUACAACAACUUCACGCACGCCAAUGUAGCAGCUCCAGUCAUGCGUACCCUCUCUUUCAAGCUCCCGGAUUACAUCGACGAGAUCGUCGACGCUGUUGGAGCCACGAGCGUCUUCAUUCAACCCAUAGCGCCAAAGCAUCGUACAGGCCAGUCCACCGUGCCAUCUCGCCGCAAGAGGAACGCUCGCAAGCGUGAUGUGACCUGCAAUCCCCUCGCAUUGACGGUCCAGUGCAUCCAGGCAGAGUACUACAUUGACUGGACGCCGUCCAACCACGAUGGCGCGCAAGUCGCAGCGGCACGUAUCGGCUCGCCUGCAAGUCACAGCGACGCGGAUCUCUAUGCCCAAAACCUCGCACCUAGCGGCUCAGUUCCGUUCGGCGACAUCACAUUGCCUGGAAGUACAGCGAACGACGGCGACUCGAACGGAGAGGGCAACCUCGAUACGCAGCUCACAUCCGGCUUUGGUGCCGGCAAUGAUGCCUAUUACAUCGCAUCUGGCACAGCUUCCACGGACAGCUUCCAGCAAUUGGCCCAAUGUCUCUCUGGGGACGCCAGCGCUAUCCCAGCUGUGUCGAUUUCGUAUUCGAUCAACGAGGAUGCCCUUGAUGCGGGUUAUCUCGAUAGCUUUUGCAACAACGUCGCCGCUGCUGCAGCAAAAGGUAUUACGGUGUUUGUGUCUUCGGGAGACAGCGGCGUCUCAGGCAACAACGAUCCUAGCCAGUCCUGCACCAAGUUCACUCCGACGUUUCCCAGCACCUGCCCGUAUGUCGUCUCAGUGGGAGGAGUCGACUUUGUCACAGCCGACCAGUUCACGCCCCACGGCUCAAACGAUCCUGGGAUGAAGGCAGCAUCGUUUGGCUCAAACGGAGGAACCGGGGGUGGUUUCUCCAAUUACUUCACGAUGCCAUCAUACCAGCAGUCGGCGGUUCAAGGCUACAUCAACGGCCUCAAUGGCGAGUAUAACGGCAUGUACAACGCCAGCGGCCGCGCGUUUCCUGAUGUGGCAGCGCACAGCGACACUUGGGAGAUCUAUGUCAAUGGCCAAACGACACAAUCAGGGGGCACGAGUGCUUCGGCGCCUGCAUGGGCGGGCAUGGCGAGUGUCAUCAACGACUACCGAAUCAGUCAGGGCCAGCCAACUCUGGGCUAUCUCAACCCCUCUCUGUAUGCCAACCCGAACCUGUUCUUCGAUAUCACCAUCAAUGGGACGAGAGGAUGUGAUGGUCUUGGUUUCCCGGCUGUCACUGGAUGGGACGCUGCGACGGGUCUUGGAGCGCCAAUUUUCAAUCAAUUGCGGACCGCG